CAAGUCCAAAUCCAGUCUGCACACUCUAUAAGGUGGAGUGAAGUGCUUUCUCGAAGUCCAUGCAGGUUUUGAAAUGAGCUGGCAGCUUCAGUGUUUGAAAGGCUUCCGCCAGAAAUCUCCACUCUGAUUUGAGGGGGAAGGUUUUCCCAGCCAACCCAGACUGUCAGCAGCUGAGCCAGCCGAUGAAGCUAAAACCCACGAAACGGAAGUUGAAGUGAACAUUGAGGACGUGAUAGAAGAUGAACCACUGUUAUGCUAAGAUGGCGACGUCCAGUCAAAGAGAAGGCGGAAGAGAAUCAGCGCCACCAACUCCCAGCAAAUCAUCAAUGGAGAAAAAGCCCCAAACUGAAGAUAACGACAUCCAACCGAUUGCUCUUGAAGGCGAACGUCCCCCUCAGAUGCAGGAGGGGAGCUCCACUUUGAAGCGGGAGGAUCCACCGCCCCCGCAUGUUAAAGAGGAAGAGGAGGAACUCUGGACCACUCAGGAGCGAGAGCAUCUUCUAGGACUGGAAGUGGUUGAUCUCACCAAGUUGCCACUGACUGGUGUCUCUGUGAAGACUGAAGAUGAUGAAGACAAACCAGCUGAAUCCUUUUUUUGGUUUUGUCCUGCAGAUGUCCAGCAGCUGAUUAGUCAUCAAGAAGAGUGUCCCCAUCAGUUGCAGGGGAGCGCCACUUUGAAACAGGAGGAUCCACAGCCCCCCCAUGUUAAAGAGGAAGAGGACGAGCCACAGCUCUCCCAUGUUAAAAAGGAAAGGGUGGAACUCUGGACCACUCAAGAGGAAGAACGUUUUCUCGGGCAGGAAGAAGCUGAUCUCACCAAGUUGCCACUGACUGUGAAGAUUGAAGACAAACCACCUGUUUCCUCACAGCUUCAUCACAGUCCAAGUGAGGAGAACAGAGGGGCGGAGCCUCCAAGCAGCAGAUCACCACAACACAUGACAACAGAAGCUGAUGGAGACCACUGUGGAGGAUCACAAGCAGACAACCUCUCAGCUCCACUAUCAGAUAGUGAUGACACAACGUCACACUCCCCUGAGGAUGAAGACGGGGACGACACCCAUGAACCUUUGAGCAUCGCUACAGACGGUGAAGGUGAUAUGAGGACUCAUGCUGACAACAAACACUCCAAAUGCUCUAAAAAGAAGACAGGUAAAAACUGUUUGACCUGCGCAAUUUGUGCUAAAAGCUUUGAUUAUAAGAGUAAUUUGAAUGUACACAUGCGGAGACACACAGGAGAAAAACCCUUCAGUUGCUCUGUUUGUGCUAAAAGCUUUUCUCGUCAGAGCCACUUGACUCAGCACAUGCGGACACAUACAGGAGAAAAACCCUUCAGUUGCUCAGUUUGUGCGAAAUGCUUUUCUCUUAAGGGCCACUUGACUCAACACAUGCUGACGCACACAGGAGAAAAAUCUUUCAGUUGCUCAAUUUGUGCUAAAAGCUUUUCUCGUCAGUGCUACUUGACUCGACACAUGCUGACACACACAGGGGUAAAAUCUUUCAGUUGCUCAAUUUGUGCUAAAUGCUUUUCUCUUAAGGGCCACUUGACUCGACACAUGCUGACACACACAGGGGAAAAAUCUUUCAGUUGCUCAAUUUGUACUAAAAGCUUUUCUAAGAGGUGUUUGACUCAACACAUGCUGACACACACAGGAGAAAAACCCUUCAGUUGCUCAGUUUGCGCUAAAAGCUUUUACCUUAAUAGCUGUUUGACUCGGCACAUGCUGACACACGCAAGAGAUAAACCCUUUAGUUGCUUAAUUUGUGCAAAAAGCUUUCAUUUUAAGAGCUACUUGACUCAACACAUGCUGACACACACAGGAAAAAAAGCCAUUAGUUGCUCAGUUUGUGCUAAAAGCUUUUCCUGUAAGAGCCGUUUGACUCAACACAUGCUGACGCACACAAGAGAAAAACCUUUCAGUUGCUCAGUUUGUACUAAAAGCUUUUCCUUUCAGAACCGUUUGACUCGACACAUGCUGACACACCCAGGAGAAAAACCUUUUGUUUGCUCCGUUUGUAGCCAAGGAUUUGCUCGGAAGUCAACAAUGGUUUUACACAUGAGAACGCACACAGGAGAAAAACCUUUCUAUUGCUCAGUUUGUGGUAGAAGAUUCUCUCGAAAGGUAUAUAUGGUAUCACACAUGAGAACACAUGAAGGAGAAAAACCUUUCCAUUGCUCAGUUUGUGGUAGAAUAUUUUCCCGAAUGGAACAUAUGGUAUCACACAUGAGAACACACACGGGACAAAAACCUGUUUGUUGCUCAGUUUGUGGUAAAAGUUAUUUUCGCCAAACCACUUUUGCUAACCAUAUAGUCAAACACACAGGAGGAGAAAAAACUUGUUGUUGUUCAGUUUUGCUGUUUAGGCUUUUUGUGUGAGUCUAUAUUAUUUACACACAUGUGAACACACACCAGAGAAAACCCUUUUAGUUGCUCAGUGUGCACUAAGAUUCUUUCAGAAACAGACCAUGCAAAAAGACACAUGAGAGCGCACACCGGACACGCCCCUUUAGUUGCUACGUUUGUAGUAAGAAAUUCUCUAACAAACCAAGUAGUAUGUCACACAUAAAAAUGCACUAAGGCGAAAACCCUUAUUGUAAGAAAAGUUUGACAGUUAACAUGUGGACACACAACGGAGAAUAAACAUUUUCCAGUUUGUGCUGAAAGAUUGUGAAAUCAUUGAAGUCUAAUGUAACAUGUGAGAAGUCACCUAGAAAGUAAUGAGAUUAUUGCUGCUUAUGUGCUCUCCUGAAACACCACCAUCCUUUUCAGUUGGAGGUGCAACACCAGCAUCAUUAAAUUUGCGGAUGACACUACAGUCAUCGGACUGAUCACUGGUGGUGUUGAAACGUCAUACAGAAGAGAGGUGGCGGACCUCAUAGCUUGGUGUCAUGAUAACAAUCUCCUUCUCAAUACAGAUAAGACUAAAGAGAUGAUCAUCGACCCAAGAACAAGGGAAAAGGAGCCGCAUAGACCCCUGUUUAUUGAUGAGACUGAGGUGGAGAGGGUGAAAACCUUCAAGUUCCUUGGCACACACAUCAGCGAGGACCUCAACUGGUCUCACAACACCCAACAAAUUAUGAAGAAGUCCCAAAGGAGACUGUACUUCCUGAGAAGACUGAGGAAAUUUGGCAUGUCCACCAAAAUCCUGAGUUGCUUCUACAGAUGCAAUAUGGAAAGUGUCCUUACAGCCUCCAUCACUGUUUGGUACGGUAACUGUACAACACGUGAUAGGAAGGCACUCCAGCGGGUGAUCAAGACCUCACAGAACAUUGUUGGGGCAGCCCUCCCCUCACUGCAAGACAUUUAUAAAUCUAGAGUCCUACGCAGAACACACAACCUCAUCAAGGACAGCACACAUCCACAACACUCAUUAUUCACACUCCUACCGUCAGGCAGACGCUACAGGAGUUUGAAGUCCAGGACCACAAGACUGGCAAACAGCUUUUACCCACAGGCCAUCAGGCUUCUCAACGAAGCACUCACACACGCAGCACGCAACACACGCACACACUCAUAGCACUUUAUUUAUUUAUUUAUUUAUUUAUUUAUUCAUUUAUCUGUAUUAUUUAUCUGUAUUAAUGUCUCUUCUGUUGUUGUUAAUUUAUUGGUAUUAAUGUUUCUUAUGUUCUUAUUCUUUUUCUUGUCUUUUCGUUCUUUUGUUGGGAGAAUGAACAGAAUAAGAAUUUCAUUGCAUAGUAUAACUGCCUGUUUUACUAAGCAUAUGACAAUAAAACUCUUGAAUCAACACAACCUUCGUCCCGAUAGCCAACGCCUACUGAUGUGUUUGGUCGUCAAAGUAAAUACAAGCAAAAUAGCGCAAAAUGGUACGCACUCACAGAAAGUGUGGUUCGCUACAUUCAAAAGAAAUGCAACCAUUCAAUACAGUAGAAAAAACAACAUUGCGGAAAAUGUUAGAAUGUUUGAAAGAUCAUGGGAGAACGUAUAUGUCACAAACAGCAAUUCCUGAAUUGGAGAACCAAGUGAAAGAAAACGGGAAGGACGUCAAAAAUGUCAAAAUUUUUAUGCCGCCAGAUGCCUAUUUAGCCGGUUAUUCUCCAUUUUAUUGUUAUUAGUAUAACUUUCCUUUCAAGAUGAAAUAUCUGUGUUUGGUCUGUGAUUUUAUCAAAUAAA